AUGCUAUGCGUUGUGUGCUUGGAGCUGCCGCAUCCGGAUGAGAGUUUUCAGUGUGCCUGGGGGCACAUUUUGUGCGAGGAUUGUGCCACACGUUUGAUGGCUCUGGCGGCCACAAGGCGUCGAUCGGCCAUUUGUCCGCACUGUCGCACGCCCAUCAGCUGGGCUGAGAUAACACAGAAUUUGGUCGUUGGACAAAUGUUGUGGGAGCUGCCUAUCGAAUGUCCCGACUGUGAGGAACGAAUGGACUACAAAUCGCGGGAGAAUCAUAUGAAAAACGAGUGUCGAAAACGUGUGGUUCAAUGUCAGUAUCGUAGCUUGGGCUGCACAUGGGAACGUUGUUAUGAGGAUGAGGCCGAACACAAAGCUAAAUGCAAGUAUCUGAACAUGAGCAGUGAUCAAAUCUUGAGUGCACUUCAAGCGCUGGACGAACGAGAGCAAUUCGAUACACGAUCGUUGGGUCUCUGCUAUAAGAGCUUGAGGGCUGUGCGCAUGGUCUUCGAAGAUUUGGAGCUGCGUUGGCCACAAACGCCGGCAACCAAUAGUACCGAAUGGAAAUUUCAUUCGUCGACGAUCUAUGUGUUCGAAAACACUUGGGCAGUGCGCAGCCGGAUGAGCAUGAACACUGAAACCGAAGAUAAUCAUUGCAUCAGCUAUAGCCUAAAAUUACUAACCACACCGCAUAACACAUUGCUUGUGAAGUAUUUUGUCACUUUGCCAGCGCUGUUUGCACGCAACAAGCAGCUGAACGAUGUGCUGUAUGAUUUGAAAGAGAACGAAUUUAAUGCGGCUGGAGACAAGAGUGAUUUUUGGCAGGUGGCAGUGUGUUGCCCAAAGUCCAUUUAUCGUCUCUUGGCCAUGCCAUGUAUCAAGCUGCGCAUUUGGAUGCUGUUGCACUGA